AUGGCGCGAAACAAGGUCCUGUUGGACGUGCUGACGGAUCUGGAUGCCUUUGGCUUCCCACGGGAGUAUGCUGUCCGAUGCCUGCAGCUCAACAAGCACAACCACGUGACCACUACGCCCCGGGCCCGGGUCUGCACAGAGAAGAAAAGGAUUGAUGAACGGGAGGCGACCCGGGUUCGACUGCAUGAAGACUUUGGCAACUCCAGCGAGCACCGCAAUGUCCCUGAAGUGGAGCUCUAUCUGAAAAGGGUGCAGCUGGGAAUUGGUGUGCCAUCUCUAGGAGUUUUCAACAACAUGUUCAUCAACAUCAUUCGGAACCGGGCACAGGCUGCUCCGGGCAAGGCGAUCGUCCUCAACCCAGAGGACUAUGCAGCAGCCAGUGGAGAGCUGCUAGUAAUUGCGAUGGUCCUCAGCUGGAUCUUGACGUAUUUCUUUGCGCCGGAAAUCAUCAAGGACAAUGAGCUGAAGAGGCGCGUUGGCUACAACAAUCUCUGCGUUGGGUGGGACGAAGCGCCAGCCAAGUAUGUGGCUGCCCCGAUAUUUGUGGCAACCUGGUUGGAUCAGUAUCAAAGACGUAAAAGAAGCUUUCCCUGUUGCUCCCCCUAG